AUGGCGGAAUCUAGCUCCUCUAGUGAUAGCGAGAGACCCGCAUCUCCCUCUGUUGCACGAACUGGACCGAAAUCGUCGAGAACCUUUGUAUGGUUGAGGGGUCUACCUAAAGCAGUCCCACGUGGAAGGCCUUGGGAAGAACUAAAUCGCGAGGGAAGAGUAAAGGAGAUCGAGUUCGGGAGGAAAUUCACCGAACGUCAGAUGAGGGACAAAAUAAAAGAGAACUUCCCCGAAUUGGCAGAAGUUGACUUCAAAAGGUAAGCUCCAUCUGUAGAAAAAAUUAUGAUUGUGCCGCGAAACGGAACAUUCUGGCCUCUAAAAUUACGUAACAAAGCCGUAAGCAGAUGCGCCUCCCGGGAAAAAUACUGCUUGUCCAGGCAAAAUGCGUUUGAUUAAAGCAAAUCUUAAGCAAUAAUUUUGAAGUUGUACAAUGACUAAAGGCACUGUCGUGCGUAAUAACUUUUUGGGCUGACCAAAGAAUUUCUGUCAGUGUCCGGAAACGUGAUAUUCUCGCACUCCUCGAGUUCACGAAACGAAGGGAGUGGAUCACAGCGAGGGCGGAGCGCGAGUGCGCGUGCGUGGAGCACAGAAAAAUCAACCAUCAGUAAAAUAAUACAAUUUUGAAGUUAACUCGUCAGAACUUCCAUUUGUUUCUUUCUCUAUAAUUCGUUGUGUUACUUUUUAAAUUUCCCCCACGUGUUAUCAAAAUAUCAAGCACAACCAAAGAUAAUUGAGAACAAGCAAAUGGCAUUAUCGAUCAAUUUUAUUUUAUUAUUGACUGCAAAUAUAGUCUUUCAAAAGCAUAUCAAGUGUUAUACGAAGAACUAACAAAAUGGAGCAGACUAUGAAACACCAAAGUUAUCAGCUGCUUGGGUAAAAAGCAAUACUUAUCAAUUAUUGGCAGUUUUAUUGCAUACACAAUUCAGUGACUAACCAAAACGUUGAAUGUAUUGUAGUAUUCACCCUGUAUAGCUUGCGGGAUUUCAUUGUCAAGUGCUCAGUUUUAGCCACAGACCCAAAUGUGAUAUCCCCGAGCUCUGCUACCUACAAUCUUAGACAAAACGUGUUGCGAGAAAACUCUAUAACACUCUUAAAUCUCUCAAGCAUGCCUUGUUUCCUACUUCCCCUCAUCCAAUGUUGUAAAAAAGAAGUGCGAUACAGAGUGUAGACCACAUCACAAGUUAGACCUGAUGGGGUAGGAUAAGUUACUUUACUAUGUUACGAGAGAAAACAUUGCACUUAUUGACGUCUAACCAGUGCCAGAUCCAGACCUUGAGAUAGGGAGGGGGGGUCAUCCAAACCCUUAGAUAAGGGGGGAAGGGGCGGUCUCAAAAAAAAUUUUGGCCCUUCAGGGGCAUGGCAAGGCUGUGCUCUAAGCAGAAUUGAACUAAAGGAAAUCUGGGGUGCUCAGCUCUUACUUGUCAGCUUUCAUAAAACAAGUUGCCCAAAGGAAAACCUGGGUGACUAAGGCACCAGGAUACCAGACCACAGCCAUGCACACAAAUCAGAGAGGAGCACCAUGGUAAUUUUUCAGUGUAUGCUUGACAAACAGUGGUCCAAUAUUUUUUUAGUAUAAGGUUAAUUUAUAUUAAUUUAUAUACUGUAAUUGUCUUUCUCAUACUGCUUCAGAAGCUUCCUUGCCUGUUGUGUGAUGAACUUUCACCAAGAGUGUUGCCUGGCAGCACAGUCUCAUUUUCUUCUAAGUUUUUCUUUUUUUGUGACAGCAUACGCCUUUACAAAUCUGGCAGCAGGGGUAGCAUCUUGAAGAAGGUGGCCAAAAACAUGCCAGAUGCAACACAAUUGUUGCACAAGUUUAAAGGAGGCACGUCUAAAAGGGUCUACCUCAUUCUGAAGAAUGAUGAUGAGAAUGGAGGUACUGACAUUUAAAUGUUAACACAAUUUUCAUUUACUCACAGACAUUUAAAACUCAUUCUUUUCCUUUCAGUUCUAUAUCUUUCUGUAUGCAAAUAAUUCUUUGUCUGAAUUAAAGUGUUGAGACUUCUACCUGAGGCCAACCUUUUCAAACAGCAGAGUCACUCAAUAACAGCUUACACCUGUAGUUGAAGUUUACAUAUCAGAGACAAGUACCUCCCAUUGCCAGUUCCAGUCACAGUAUGCAGAGUUGUAAUGUUUUGACUGCUUUCAUUUUCAGAGAGGUCCAACUCUGGAAAUGAUAUAGGAUCUGCAUCUGCCACACAAGGAAGGACAAACGCAGUUGUACCUAGAGAUGCAGGCAAGUAUAAACAUGUAGCAAAGAAAUCUGCCUCCACUUGCGUUCCCAAGUUAUCACUAAAAAAAGAACAAAAAAAAACACAGCAAAAGAAAAACAAACACACUGAUUUUAUAUUCAAUGGAGAGCAUUAAAAAUUAUACAGAAACGACCCAUCUGUAUUGCAAAGGUAAAAUAAGCAUCUGAUAGACAACCUCUUUGCUAAAAUCACAGCAUUUACACAUACUCCGGUAGGACCCCUAUUCGAAAAGAACUUGGCAGUUGUAAAUACACGACAGGUUGUUUCAGUUUAUUUGAAAAGGCAAAUGGAAUUAGGAUUCAAAACAGGCUCUAAUAGCCAUUUUCAAUUCGUAGUGCAUUCUUUCUUUCCUAUAAUUCUGAAAGUGAUUGUUUUAUAUAGGGAUCGUCAAGAUCUUCCACAGCUAGCAAUUAAGUAUAUUAUGUCUUUGUUGUUACCUGGGUUGCAGUAGUAAAUAAUUUAAGAAUGAAACAAUAAACUGAGACCUUGUUAUCAAAACCAAAAGACAGCCGAUUCUUAAGUUCUAAUUAAAAAGCUAUCUCCCUUAACUUUUUUCCCCCUUAGAGUGACUUUAAAGAUGUUACUUUAAUGCCAGACGAUUCUACUUGUGAAAUGGAGACCCCUUAGGAGCCAAAGGGUUAAAGUGCCUUUCAAAUAGGACAAAGGGUAUUUUUCAGGCAUAAUUUAAUCAAAAGAUGAACAUUAAUUUUUCCAGCUGAAACAAGACAAUACUUAACUGCCCUAAGUCAGUCCGCCAGUACACAGCAGAUGGACAAUGGCCGUUUUUAUGCUAGAGACGUUAAAGUCGUCUAGACGCAUUAAACGUCUGAGACGUUAAAGUUGUAUAGUGUAAAACGGGACACACAAAAGUAGACGACCUUAUUUAAAAAAGUAGAUUUUUCUGAAAAAAGGACUAGGCUCUACUCUCAGAAGACACUGGACACGAGUUAAAGCGGCGCCAGACGUUAAAGUCGUCUGCCUUAUUUACCGUUUUUAUACUAGACGUCAAAGUCGUCUUAAGGCGACUUUAACGUCUCAGACGACUUUAACGUCUCUAGCAUAAAAACAGCCAAUGGUAAGUUUGAAUAGGAAACAUGCCAGAGUAUAAUGUAAAUUAGCCUCAAAACUACGAUUGUGAAAGGUUAAAAACAGUUAUAAAGCCAAAUGACCUUCCCAAAAAUUAAUAGUUCUGACAAAAGUAACCCAAAAUUGCAUAUUUUCAAUUGUAUAUUUACAAAAUGUGCCAUUAUGCUGUUUUAGAUAGGCUCUAAAAAAUUAAUGCAGAAGCCACAAACGAAAGAACUAACCCGGUAGCAUACAUGUAAGCCAGCACGACACCUGGAAUUCUUAAACAAUACUGAGCCACAUGAUUCCUCCUGGAAUACAUUCACCCAUGCUUGUUUACAUUGCUUCUCAUGACUUCGAACCAGUACAAUAGUAUGUUGUUUCAGUCAAUAAGAAAAGAUAAGCUUAGAAAAAAUUAAUAAUGAACAAGUGAAAAAAAAAAUGGUCAAGUUCUUUCUCUGCUUAGCCAUCCAACCUAAAUUUUCACUCUAUGUUUGGAAGUAUCCACGUAAUAUCUGCUCGUGAUAUGUCAAUGCAUAUUUUAAUAAACACAACUGAUCAUGUUUAAUAGUCGAAAUCGAAAAUGCUUACUGACAAAAAUAUUCCCGCGUCUCGGGUUACUUGAUGGUGCAAUAAGAUCACGUGACUACAAUAUUACGCAGACAUCAAUAAAUUAACAUAAAUUAUAUAAAAAUAUUCACAACACUCCCCAGGGUUGCAUCACGACUUCGUGAUAAAACGCUUUGACUCAACAGUAUAAAUCUUGAAUGUCCACUAUUCAAUAAAUGUCAAAAGAGCUUCGUCGUCUACAAAGUUCACUGUUUGAAAAGACACAAUUUUGAAUUCAUCUCAUGUACAGUUCAGUUCAAUGUUCACUCAGAAACUUCAACAGGAAUUAAGUCCUGUAUCACUCUACGUAAUACUUGUGGCUUUCGAUCCCCUUUGCCAGCAACCUUGACCCUUGCUGAUUGAAUCUGACCAUCUCUACCCGGUAACAGUUCUUGAACCUUUGCCAGUUUCCAAAAUGUUCUUUUCGUCAGAUCAGACUUCACGAUCACAAUGUCACCUACUGAGAUUGGGCUCUCCUUGUUUUGCUUCUUACAUCUCUCAUUAGAGCGCUCUCGUAGACUCAAAAGAUACUCGUGCUGCCAUCUCUUGGUGAACUGAUGGCAGUAAUCGUUGGUGAUGCUUAGCUCUCUUUGUCAAGGUCUGAUUAACACUAACAACUUCGAAAUGCUGGUUACUUGGUGCACUAGUAAUUCGUCUACCAGUAAUUAGAUGAGAUGGCGUAAGUGGAGUGGAAACUGACUCUUCAUCAUCAUAGACAUAUGUUAACGGUCGUGCAUUUACGAUUGCUUCGAUCUCCACCAUUGUGGUUUGUAGCUCAUCAUAGUUUAACGUAGAGCGUCCCACUGUUUUCUUCAAUGGUUGCUUCACAACUUUAACCAUCCGUUCCCAAAAACCCCCCCACCAAGGAGCUCGCUCAACGAUAAAGUUCCAUGUGAUGCGAUUGUCAGUUAAGUAUCGCGUAACCUCGUCUGAUUGUAUGAUCUUCCUUAUAUCUUUGGAUGCGGAUCUGAAGGUUUUGGCAUUGUCAGACAGAAGGGUGACUGGUAAUCCCCGGCGACUAACGAACCUACGAAAGGCCAACAGAAAUGCAUCAACGCUCAGAGAAGGCGUCAGUUCCAAAUGAAUCGCUCUCGUGGACGCGCAAGUGAAUAAACAAAUGUACACCUUGUCGGAGCCCGUUUCUUUUGAAGACCUUCCAUCACGUAUGUACAAAGGACCUAUGAAGUCUAAUCCUGUGUGGGAAAACGGCGGGUCUAGAGACACUCGUUCCAGUGGUAAAUCUGGAGUCGGUGGUGGUCUGUAUGGAGCUCCUUCUACUCUUCUACAGAUGGUACAUUUUCUUACAAUUUUCUUCACAACUUCUCGACCUCUUGGUACCCAGAAUCGUCCUCGAAUAGUGGUUAAGGUGUCCUUGAUACCACUGUGUUUAAUCUUGGAGUGCACAUCCUGGAUGAUGAGACUAGUUAGUGGGUGUUUAGAUGGAAGUAAGAUUGGAUUCUUGCUUUCUUCAGAGAGCGGUGCUUUGUUUACUCUCCCCUUGCAUCUGAUGAUGUGUUGGUUGUCAAGGAACAAGUUGAAUUGCGUGACAUAGACGGGUGGAAAUGUUCCCCUUUUGCUUUGAAGAAAUUCGAGUUCUUUGGCAAAUGAGGCUUUCUGUACAGUCUUGAUCCACAGCAUUUCAGCCUGAUUUAACUCUUGAGCAUUAAGUUCCCUUUUUGACGAAUGUUCUGGUAGCUUGUGAAUUUCACGGUUUGAUACACUGUUCUUCGCAUUACCUAUGAACCGUAAUAGGUAGGCUGUCACGCGGAAUAAUCGUGUUACACUGCAGUAUUGUUCAAUGUCAAUGACUUGACUGAGAUUGAUUGAAUGGUCUUCUGACUCUGUCGUGACCAGAGAGUGCGUGACACUCACAGGGCUUUUUAGAACUUCUUGAAGGGCUUCUUCGUCAUCAGACAAAGCACUUGUUUGGGGCGACUCAGGCCAAUGUUCUCUCACUAACUUCAGAAACUUGGGCCCAUUCCACCAUGUCUGGUUUUGUGCUAAUUGCUCUCCUCCACAUCCUCGUGAUGGUAGAUCAGCAGGGUUCAACUCCCCGGGACAGAAAUUCCAGUUGGCUUCGUUAGUUAGUUCUCGUAUCCUGCUGACCCGGUGUUGUAUGUAAGGUUUCCAUGCUUUGGCAUUUUUUAUCCAACACAGCGUGGUGAAUGAAUCGGUCCACAAAAAUGUUCCUUCAAUUGGAAGAACGGAUUGUAACGUUUGCUGCGUUGAGUGAACUAGUUGGGCUAGCAAUGCAGCUCCUAGCAGUUCCAACCUGGGAAUUGACUGACGUUUACUCGGCGCUACUCUCGUCUUGGAUGUCAUGAUGUUGACUUGGAUUUCACCAUUGCUGAAUGCGGUUCUCAGGUACACAACAGCUGCAUAGGCUCUUUUUGACGCAUCUGAAAAUCCAUGGAUCUGAUAGGAGCGUACUGCUGACUGCGCUGGUGAGUAAUUGGCAUAACAUCGGGGAACUUGAAUGUUCUUCAGAGCAUUUAGGUCAUUAAUGAACGUUUUCCACUUCGCUAAAGCUUCUCCUUCCAAGUUUUCAUCCCAAUUGACCCUCUCAACACAUAAAUUUUGAAAAAGGACUUUCAUGCUUAUUGUAAAUGGAGUUAACAGUCCAAUCGGAUCAAAGAUUUUGGCUGACAGUUUCAAAACACAUCGUUUGGUAGCUGGAAGGGCUUCUGCGUACUCAAUCAACUCAGAGAGGUCAUAGCGAAAUUCAUCUCGAAUGACAUCCCAGUAAAUCCCGAGAAUCUUCACCAAUUGCUCUGUUUCCAGUUUAUCAUCUUUGGCACUCGAUGACUCUUCUUUCUUGAGAUUUUGUGUACUUUCACUUUCUUUGUGAGGGGAUUUCCAAACUGACGGUCCUCUUCUUUCUUCAUCCUGCUUGAUUUUUUCGCGGAAGGACUGACAGUUAGAAUUCCACUUACGCAGUGAGAAUCCUCCAUCUUUCAUGAUUUCCUGUGCUUUGUCGUACAAGUUCACAGUUUCAUUCUCGCGAAACACUCCUGCCAGAUCAUCAACAUAGAAGCUGGAACUUAACAAAGAUGUUACUUCUGGUUCCUUUUCUUUGUACUUGGACAGAUGGAGUUUUAUGGUACUUGCCAGGAUAGCUGGACUUGGAGUUAAGCCAAACACAAGCCUUCGAAACUGGUAUUGCUUGAUUUGCGGACGAUCUUUCUCAAUGUCAUCGAACCAUAGAAACCUCAGCAUACUUCUGUCUUCUGGGUUGAUCUGUAUCUGAUGGAAGGCCUUUUCGAUGUCAGCUACUACAGCAAUUGGAUACCCUCGAAACUUAACCACAAUAUCAAAUAGGUGUGGCACUAAGUUCGGUCCUUUCUCUAAACACUCGUUAAUUGAAGCAGUUGACUUGUCAGAUUUGGCUGAACCAUCAAAUACAACUCUCAAUUUUGUAGUUUCCCGGUUCGACCGAAUUACGCCAUGAUGAGGUAAGAAAUGCAUUGGAGCUUGGUCGUAGUUGUGUUCUGGUACGGCUUCGAUUAUCCCGGAUUUGACUUGAUCCUUGAUCACAUUGUCAUAAUCUCUCAAUAGCUCCUUGUUUUUCUUCAGUCGCGAGUGAAGCUGUCUCAAUCUUGUAACACACAAUUCGUACUCGUUUGAAGCAGGAACAAGGCCUUCCUUCCAAGGCAGACCAACUUCGUAUCUUCCUUCAUUCUCAUUGAAAUGAAUACUCUCCAGGAACUCUCCACCAUCUGACUGUGACACGGGUGGCUUCUCUCGUACUCCUAAUGACUCAAUGUCCCAGAAUUUCUGCAAGGCAUUACAUAACUCAUCGUUCUCACUAUGACUGAUGUCAAAUGGGCUCAAGGUCAUCAAUUCCGGCCUCUCUAUGAUGAGAUUUGUAGUUGCAAACUUCUCUCUUGAUUCUUCAGCACUUGUGGGACCAGACAAGACCCAUCCGAACAUGCUGCUAACUGCUACGGGACCACUGCAGCCACGAAUGACAUCCCCAGACACAAUAUCGAAAUAAUAAUCAGAUCCAAUUAGCACAUCUAUGUCCUGUUGACCUGUUUCAGCAAUGCUCAUGUCAGCAAGCUCGAGACCUUGCAGAUGUACGUGAUUGUCGAUGUUAACUUUAGCUGACACCGCCGAGCAAAUCCUCGGGAAACAUAGUGCAGAUAUCUUGAUUUCUCCUUGAGAUCCUUGGAACCGCAAGUUCACAACAUCACAUUGUUGCUUCGUAUAUCUUUCGUCUCCAAAGGUGUUAAGAUGCAAUGUUUCUGACUUGACAGGGGACAGAUUAAGCCUCGAUUUUAAUCUGGUUGUGAUGUAGGUGCGUUGACUUCCGGUAUCCCAAAAGUAUUCUAACUGGUGCGGCUUUAGAACUGACAACAUUGACAGCCAUGGCUUUCGCUGUUUGUAAGAGCACAGUUCCCUUUGCCUUGUUGCUCACUGUUGUUGUUGUCGUUGUCUCUUCGGCUGAAACUUCUUUUGGUUUCGGUUUCCCUUGGUCAAGCAUUGAACAAAUUGACUGAUGAUGCCGCUGCUGGCAGUGUCGGCAUUUUUUUGGAUUCGUGCACUCUUUCGCACAGUGAUCAAAACGCAAACAAUUGAAGCAUCGUUUAUCCCUUUCCAAAAUACUUCUUCGUUGAGCGGUAUCUUUUACCACACCACAUGAUGCAGAGUAAUGCUCGUUUUGACAAUAGGCACAUUUGAUUUUGAAGUUCCCACCUUGCUGAGAGACGAGUGAAUUCGCGGUUGGCGUUUGAUUUCGAAACUUUGAAUCACGGCCGGGUGGUUGAACUUUCCCGCCUUCGCUUGUUUUCGCCAUGGUCAUCUCGCUUGCUUCCCGCGCUUCGACUUCAACCUUUAUCACGUUUAGCAACUCCUCCAUUUUGCAUACAGAAUCCUUAGAGUUCCUGGCUAUCUGCAAUCGAAUCUCAGAUGGCAACUUUGACAUAAUAACAGGAAUUAGGAGACUUCCAUAUUGAUCUGAAGUUACGCCGAGCGAUGCCAAACCGCGGGAAUGAACACAAAUUUGAUCGUAGACGUAUUGAAGACUGGCUGGGCGAUCAUUAGAACACGGCGAAACCUUGAGAAGCUGAUCCAUAUGUGCGCUGAUAAUUUGUUGGGGACGCCCAAAACGUUCUUGUAAUAAUUUGACUGCUGCGUUGUAGUUCGCUUCGGUUAAGGUAAGACCCUGAAUAGCUCGAGCGGCGGCCCCUUCAAGGACAGAAUUGAGGUAGUUGAACUUGUCGAUGUUGGAAAUCCCUUUGUUACGAUGAACCGCCGAUUGAAAUGAAUGCCAGAAGGUAUUCCACUUGGUCACAUAUCCUCUAAACUUCGGCAGGUACAACUUCGGUAAUCUUGCACGGACUGCAUUUUGAUUCACUGGCUGUGACGUCGUUUGAGGAGAUCCCACGUGUUGCUGGGUUGGCAUGUUCACCUUUCUCGCAUUCUCGAUUUUGCAUUUUAGACGUAUAAUUGAGGCAGUAAAUUCUUGUGACUCUUCGAUUUCUUUAGCAAUCGUUGUAACUUCGCAUAAAGAUAAUAUCUCUUGGUCCAUUUCGCUAAGCGACUCUUGUUUUCCAUCCAAGAGUUGUCUCAUAACAUUGAGCCGUUCGUAAUCCUUGUCUUCGCUUUGCAACAUUUCGGUGAAUUCUUGAUCCAGUUUCGAUACAUAUCGUCGGUGUCCUUCACGUAUAACUCGCAGUCGUUCCAAAUUCGAUGUAUUCGCUUGCAUACUCGAUGUACUUGAUAUCUCGUGUGUUUUUGACUUCGGUUUACCCUUUUUGGGAGGCAUUGCGAUCGAAAAUCUGCCCCACGUUGGGCGCCAUUUAGUAAACACAACUGAUCAUGUUUAAUAGUCGAAAUCGAAAAUGCUUACUGACAAAAAUAUUCCCGCGUCUCGGGUUACUUGAUGGUGCAAUAAGAUCACGUGACUACAAUAUUACGCAGACAUCAAUAAAUUAACAUAAAUUAAAUAAAAAUAUUCACAACACAUAUUUCAACAGAUGCUAAUUUACUACAGAGUCCAUUUGAGGAAGUGAUAGAUGUGGACCUUAUUCAAGGUAAGACUGUCAAAAUUGGCUCCACAGAUUCCCAUGUCACUCAAAACUACAAUUUACAUGCAAGUCAUGUGACAAUCUCAGAGUUGCUAAGAACCUUCUUUCCUGUAAUAACAUUCUGAAUAGUCUGUUAAAUAUGAAGAAAGUGCCCCUAACUUUCAUAUAAAAAUCAUUUCUAAUGCCCAGGGAAGAUGCCAUAAUUUGUACGACAAAAUGUUGAUAUCUCAUGGUCACUUUUGAUUAAUGUCAAUGUAUAUUUCAACAGAUGUUGAUUUAUCUCGGAGUUCGCAUACAGAGGUGAUAGAUUUGGACCAGAGUCAUGGUAGGAACUUUGUUCUAAUUAGUCCCUGCAAUACAACCUUAAACUUAACCAUUUACCGUAUCAUCUGUGACAUCAUUGAUACGUAAAUUAAUCUUGUCUGAUUGGUGAAAGUGCUGGGGUUGGGACGUGAGUUUUGCCACAUUAUUGUAGUCUCAACACCCCAAGUUCUAUGAUCAUGUAAUAAAUGAAGAAGGAACUUUGCCAAAGGACAAUAUACUGUUAGAGACAAAAGUCUUUGUACUUUCCCCUAGAUACUUGACAGAGUGUAUCACACUCUCAUAUCAAAAGAUUAUGCUGUUUUACAGGUUGAAAAUCAUCGCAACUGGGUGAAUGUGAAGCCUGUAAAAUAGAGGUUUCCUCUUUUUUUCAGAUGAAUAUAAAUUUGUCCAUACCCCCCCCCCCCUUCAAAAAAAAAAAGGAAAAGAAAAGAAAAGAAAUAAUGGUAUAGACUUUAAAAAAUUGGGCUUACUACUUCUUAAGAAGGCAUGGAUAUUACUUCUUUUAAUAAUCUAAAAAAAAUGACAUGAUCUGCAUUUAUAAGUGUGUCAUUCAUUACUCAGUUUGGCAAGGAUAUCCUCCAUCUGCAACAGAAACUACAACUGUAUCCAGUUAUUCCAAAGGUACAUAGUAGGAGUUAGGUACUAAUAACUGUUCACCGAAGUGGAGUUUGCUAGUGGUGGCUAUUAAUUUUGUCGAGCCACAGAGCGACAAGGUAAAUAUCCACCGCUUGCCGCAACACUUAGGUGAAUAGUUGUUUUAUUAGAAAAUAAAAAAGUGCGAUGAUGUACAUGUAACACCAAACUGAUUAUUUUUAACUCAGUUAUUCCAGUCAACAAUUACCAAAUUUAUUCACUUAUAAGGCGCACCCUAAACUUUUGAAGACAAUUGUGACAAGUAAGCAAAAUGAAAAUUUCACCUAAAUACCCUGUUAUAAGGCGUACCCAGAAUUACGUGAAAUUUUGUUGACCACGUUCGCGGUACUUACAAGAAUUUGCUUCCAAAAGGUACUAAUUACUGUGCUUUCAUUCUCCAAACAAAAGUGAAAAAGUCACACAUUGCAAACAAUAGUAAAAAAGUCACACAUGGACAAUAGCAUGACCUAAACUUCAAGUUGAAGAUCGUAACAGAAGCGGUAGCCAUGAACAACAAUCGUGUUGCUUUUCUUAGCAUUUGUAGUUUAUUAAAUUUGUUGUUUAGGGGAAAUUUGGAAAAGUUAUAUUCUGUUGCACGAAAACACUCGGUUAUAAGAUGCACCCCGAGUUUUGAGCAGUUUUUGAUCAAACAAGCAUUAAGUGAAUAAAUACGGGUAUUAUUAUUUUUUUUUGGGCUUGCAUUUUUUUGGAGGUGAAUAGCCCUUUAUAUACCAUGUUCUGGUAGCCACACACACUAUACCCUGUUUGAGAAGAUGCAAAUGUAGGAUACUGAGUUAACUACAGUUGUGAAGAAAAGAGAAUUACACACAUUACAUUAACCUAUAGCAGCAGUGUGCUCCUUUUACCCUCCCGUAGAAGGAUCAUUUUGAUUUGCUGUGUCACUCCACUAUUUAAUAUGCCGAGUUAACAUUUCAAAAUCCCACAUUUUUUAAGCAAAGUAAAUCUACACACCCCAUACCAUAUCACCGCCUCUCAAAUGUGAAUUGUUCUUUGUGCAAGGGUCCAUGCUUGUUACUUUUUUUUUAGGUAUUUUUGGCACACCCUUCUACAGUGAAGGCACCAAAGGUAACGUCAUGUAUGGUCUUUAAAGAAUUGUCAUUCAUGACCUUUUUUCAUAUUAUGUGGAUGCUCUUGUUGAAAUACAGUUUCAUUGUUACUGAAAUUCUGAAAUGCUACAGUCUCUUGUUGGUUUUAAAAUGCCUCCUCGCUAAUAGGUCAAGGCAGAAGCUUAUCACCUUUUCAAGGUGACAAGCAAGCUUCUGGUUAGUCGGUAAGCUUCAAUUAUCAGACUCGUGCCAAUUAAAGGGCAAGGUGUGUUUUGGCAGUGUCAGCCAAAGUAAUGUAUCUGCUACGUGAAGCUUCGUGGAAACAAAUAUUCAUAAUUGACAUGAACAAUAAUUGUGCUGAUUAUUGAUUAUUGUCAACUUCUUGUCCUCAAAAGGUACUCGAAGCAUUAAUUAUUGUUAAUCGAUUCAAUUUUUUUAUUACGACAGCUAAAGUAAUGUUUUCUUCUUUUCUUUUGAAUUUCAACUUAAAAACAGUUGGGACAGUCAAAGAAGACCUGUCGCCCCAAGGGUUGGGAGGUAAGAGAAACUUUUAAUCACCCAUAGUUCGUUGAAACUAUACAAAGCUUUUGAGUGAAAGUUUAUACUAUGGAUGUAAGGCCUUUAUGGAGGAAAAAUUAUGAUUGGAAUUUGCUUUCGUUGUUUACCCUGAAGACAGUUCCAACUUACCUUCAAGAACGAAUGAAGUGAUUCGUUUAGAAAAACGACUUCUGGCUGCCUGCAAGGCAGAGGACACAUUCUUGCCGUGUUUUCUGGUGGACUCUUUCCACGAGGUAAAGUUAUGUACCUUUUUUCCGUCACACGCGCAAAGGUAGAUGGUAUUUGAAGCAAAGAAUACAGGGAACUGGUUACUCAAGUGCUCCCACCACCCAACCCCCCCACCCCCGUAUUAUUCAGAACGUGGAGCAGUCAGGCUAGUAUUAAGCUAGUAUUAACAAUAACUAAACUCACGACCUGCUCAGCAUUACUCGUGUAAUGAUGGAAUGUUUGCCUUUAAAUCCCGCAAAGAGCUAUUCGCUAUUGGGCCAAAACAAGUAGACUAUAGCGUUUAACGAAACAAAUGAAAAAACUUAAUCUAGACGAAGGAAAUAAGAAAAAAAAAACACCAAAACCGAUGCACUUUGGUUGAUGGGGUAAAGUUACUAAUAAACAUAAACUAGUUUAUUUCAAAAAAUCAGCAGUGAUUUUUUAACGUUGUGUAUUGUUCUUUAGCUUUGCUGGCAGGCACGCGAAAUGAAUAAGGCGAUGGGGGUAAUCUUGUUAAACCCUAAAAAGGAAAACAUGGCCAUCAGAGAAGGCAUUGUAAGGUAGGCAGGUGCAACACAUGAGAAUGCGAAAAUGUGCAGUUGUUGCUGCUAAACGUUUUUGGAUAUACUGUUCUUUUAUUGAGGAAGCUAGUAGCACUGGUUUGAGCAUCUCAAGUAUGCAGAUUGAUUAUUAGGGCUACCAAUCGGAACGUUUAAGUUACACACAUGUGUCCAGUUAUGUAUAAUUAUUGAUUGUUUAUUAAAAUCAAACCUAAACUUGCAAAAUUAUGCUUAUGAAUGGGCAAAGUGGACAUAAUUUUAGCGUCAGUGACAUUUAAUUGAUCAUUUUCAGGGCUCUUAGAUGGCUGAAUAGCAAGAACCAGCAGUGGUUGUUCUGGAUUGCUGAGACUACGUCAGUUAAUGGUAGAAUAGGUAAAUGUUAAUUUCACGCUAUCAUACACAUUGACCUGAAUCAGCUUACACACUUCUAGCAACGCUAAAAGUACUUAGACACACGUUAUAACUAUAAUCAAUAAUUGCAUGAUUUCCGUCUCUUGUAGUUUGCAGCAUGUUUAGUGUGCGAAACACCGCAAACUCCAUGCUGUUUCUUCUGCCAUCGACGACAUUGAAGUCAACGUUGGUGAAGCAACUUCAUGGUAGGUUUUAACAAUAUAUUUAAGUUUCCUUCGAUAUCGUUCUCUUGUUAAAAAGAAGAAUGCAUUGCUUACAGACCUCAAAUCAAGCAUACAAGCCAAUACGCGUAACCUCGUAUCUUCUUCAAGGUCGAAUUAUAAAGUCACACACAAGGAACUUUUCCCCAAAGUUUCUCCGUUCUUGAUAACCAGCCUCUAGGAAAUUCAAAUGGAACAAAAAUUUCAGCUACUAUAGCACAACCUAACCUUUUUUGUGAUUGUUAAUAAGGAAAACAUAUUUUUAUUUCGUAAUCUGCUUGUGUUAUAACAGAUAAAAACCUUACGGAAUUAGACAUCCAUGACACGUUGUCCGAGGUCUUGGAAAAGACUUGCGACGCCCUCAAAGUGCUGUCGUCGCAAAGGUACAUGUAG